UAUGACGUAAGGACAGGCAAACAUAGGCGCUGCCGCCCUGGUUCUCAGUGUGGGUUUACGACGUGGUGGUAACAGAAAAGAGAGAUUAUCGUUAUCGUUAUUAUAGUUAUAGUAGGUUUGAGUUGUCACAAUGGUGAAUUCUUGUGUUUGUUUUGGAUGCAACAACUCCAACUUGUCUGGCCAUCGGGUCCACCGAUUUCCAAACAAGAAACACAAAGAUUUCCGUGCUUGGAUAUGUUUCGUCCAGGCAAAGAGAAGCAAUUUCGCUGCCUCCUCGUUGACAAGACACAUGGUGGUAUGUGAAAAACACUUCACACCGGACAGCUACAACCAAGGAGAUCUUAUGGAAUUUCGCAUGGGAUUUCGACGAAAAGAGUGGGUUAGGCUGGCAAAUGGAGCUGUGCCAUCGGUGCAUGCAAGUCCACCAGCAAAAUCUGGCGGGAGUGAAGAGUCUAACGUUAACGUUAGCACUAGCAGAGAAUCUGCGCGUCGAAAACGAGAGCUUUGCACAAUUUUGGGAGAGAGUGCUGCCAGCAAAGACGGGGCGGGUGCAACUGCCACUUCAGAUCCAGAAGGUGAUGGAGAUGGAGACAUCUCUACAAUGGACCCUGAGCCAGAAGUGGUCCAUCGUGGAUCACAGUGCAACAUAAGAUGUUUACAUCGUUCAUUAGCUGUUCAGGUAAAGCCUCAGAUGGUGGAUGUGGGGACUCAAACCGAAAGGUUUGAGAAUCGCAGAUCAACUCCACUGGCCAGUCCUGAACAAAGUGAUGAUGAAUGGUCAUUUUCUGAUAUCAUCAACCAUUCUGGUGAUAUGUCAUGGAGUCCAGGGGAGGAGAUGUUGAGCGAGUCCUCUGAGGAGGAACCAGAAGAGCUGGAAUCUCUCAGUGACCCAAAUGCUGUUUACAAGUUCAUUGUUUGCCAGAGGCAGUUGCUGUCCUUGUUCACGGUUUGCCCUACAUGCUGUGGGGAAACCCAGGGACACAUAAUGCACCUGGAAGGAACUUUCAUAAAAGUCAAGCCUGCGGAACUAAGUGCUUAUGAGCGUUACUGGCAAAACCAAGAGAAGGUGCAUCGAAACAUGCCUGCCUGCAACCUUUUACUCAGCGGUGCCAUCCACUUCUCAGGUUGCAUGGCUACUCAGACAAUCAAGAUGCUGAAGCUGUUUGGACUGCAGUGCAUAAGUCCCGGCACUUUUUUCCGCAAUCAGCGCUAUUACACUAUCCUUACCAUCGUGCGGGCCUGGAGGAAUGAGCAGAGGGGGAUCAUCAGGGAGUUGAAGGAGACUGGGGGUGGAUUGAUCCUGUCUGGUGACUGCAGAUCAGAUUCUCUUGGACACUGUGCCAAAUAUGGUAGCUACUCCUUGAUCGAGGAUCGAAUUAACAAGGUUUUGGAUGUUCAACAUGUCCAAAGUUCAGAAGUCCCAAGCAGCUCUUGGCAUGAGCUAGAGGGUCUAAAGCGGAGUAUGCAGUUCCUGAUGGCCCAAGACAUGCAAGUGUCUGCUCUGAUAACAGACAGAAAUCGGCAGGUAAUGAUGCUAGGAGAGAUCUAA